CAAUAAAAAUAAUAGCAAGUUUUUUUUUUUUAAAAAAUAAAUGGUGAAGCCUCAUGUUAUUUUAACAACAUUUCCAGCACAAGGUCAUAUUAAUCCAGCACUACAAUUUGCCAAAAAUCUUGUAAAAAAUGGCAUACAAGUGACAUUUUCUACAAGUAUUUAUGCACAAAGACUUAUGGAUGAAAAAAAAUCCAUUGAUAAUUUUCCAAAGGGGUUAAUGAAUUUUGUUCCAUUUUCUGAUGGAUUUGAUGAUGGAUUUGAUCAUUCAAAAGAUCCUGUAUGUUACAUGUCACAACUUAGAAAAUGUGGAAGUGAAACUGUCAAAAAUAUUAUCAUCAAUUGUUCUGAAAAUGGAAGUCCUAUAACUUGCCUACUUUACUCCAUUUUUCUUCCUUGGGCAGCAGAGGUCGCACGUGAAGUCAACAUUCCUUCAGCUCUUCUUUGGAGUCAACCAGCUACAAUCUUAGACAUAUAUUAUUUCAACUUUCAUGGAUAUGAAAAAGAAAUGGCAAAUGAAUCAAAUGAUCCAAAUUGGUCCAUUCAACUUCCUGGCCUUCCACAAUUAAAAACUAAAGAUCUUCCUUCAUUUUUACUUCCAUCAAAUGUAAAAGGAAGCCUUCGAGUUGCACUUCCACCUUUCAAAGAAUUAAUAAACACAUUAGAUUCUGAAAUUAAUCCAAAAAUUCUUGUGAAUACAUUUGAUGAAUUAGAGCCAAAUGCAUUAAAAGCAAUUGAAAAUUACAACUUUUAUGGAAUUGGACCAUUAAUUCCUAGUGCAUUUUUAGAUGGAAAUGACCCUUUGGAUUCUUGUUUUGGUGCUGAUCUUUUUGACAAGUCAAAUGACUAUAUAGAAUGGUUAAACACAAAUGAAAAUUCAUCUGUUGUUUAUAUAUCAUUUGGGAGUUUAAUGAAUCCAUCAAUAAGUCAAAUGGAUGAGAUAUCAAAAGGGUUGAUAGAUAUAGGGAGACCAUUUUUAUGGAUAAUAAAAGAAGAUGAAAAAAACAAAGAAAAUGAGAAAAAAACAAUUGGUUGUAUUGAAGAGUUGGAAAAAAUAGGAAAAAUUGUACCAUGGUGUUCACAACUCGAAGUUUUGAGACAUCCGUCUUUAGGAUGUUUUGUUUCACACUGUGGAUGGAAUUCAGCUCUGGAGAGCUUAGCUUGUGGAGUACCGGUCGUGGCGUUUCCUCAAUGGACUGAUCAAAUGACAAAUGCUAAACAAAUUGAAGAUGUGUGGAAGAGUGGAGUUAGAGUGAAUGUGAAUGAAGAUGGUAUUGUUGAGAGUGAAGAAUUGAAAAGGUGCAUUGAAUUGGUAAUGGAUGGAGGGGUAAAAGGGGAAGAAAUGAGAAAAAAUGCGAAAAAAUGGAAAGAAUUGGCUAGAGAAGCUGUGAAAGAAGGUGGAUCUUCACACAAGAAUUUAAAGGCUUUUAUUGAAGAAAUUGCCAAAGGUUAUUGAUAUGUCUCUUUGUAUCAUUUGCUUAUUAUUUGUCAAGAAUAAGAUGAGAUUAGCUUCUAUGUUGCUCGGACUUUUGUAAAACGUUGACAACUGCAUGUUGGAUCCUUCAAAAGUAGUGCAUUUUUUUGGAGGAUACGACAUGAGUGAGACAACAUUUGGAAAGUUCGAGCAACAUAGGAUAGUUUAGUGAUCUUGUUAUUUCUAUCUUGUUAUUAUUGUGCCUUCAAGUUUUCUAAUAAAAUCCUAUUUGAAAGAUUCAUGACAAGUUAUAGUCAUGUUCUUGAGCAUUACACUUCA